UCUCAAAAAGACACAACCUUCACGAAAAUAUUCGUUGGGGGCUUGCCUUACCAUACGACCGACGCUUCUUUACGGGAAUAUUUCGACAAAUUUGGAGAUAUCGAAGAAGCGGUAGUUAUUACGGACCGACAGACCGGAAAAAGUCGUGGAUAUGGAUUUGUCACAAUGUCUGAUAGACCAGCAGCAGAACGAGCUUGUAAAGACCCCAAUCCAAUCAUAGAUGGUAGAAAGGCCAAUGUUAAUUUAGCAUAUUUAGGUGCUAAACCAAGGGGGAAUCUCCAAACAGGU